CAGUUUAGUUUUUGGUUAAUUCGUACAUGUCGGUCGUGAUAUAUUCUUGGCCAUAUUCUUGUUUUGAUGUUUGUUUACAAUACGUAAAUAUGUUUUAAUUUAACGUAAAUAUAUUAAAUACAUAUAAAAUGUAUAUUAUAUAAAAAUUGGACAACAUCAAGAAAUACAAUUACAUUCUGGGUUUACUAAAUCAAAUUUCAUUAAACAAUUUGGAAAAUAAAACAGAAAAUGGAGAAGAUUGGAAAAACAAAAGUGAAACAAGCCAUUGAAUUCCUUUGGUUAAAUAAAAAAAAUAUGUCAGAAAAGAAAAUAAAUGUGAGAAAGAUUCAAAAAUCACAGAAUAGUCAUAAUCAAUGUAAAAUUAUUCAUUAUUAUAAAAGAAGUAGAAGACAACAUCCAAUAAGUUCUUCAAAAUAUAGAAUACUCUCUGAAAUAAAAUCGCAUGUAAAUAAAAAAAAUUGGAGUAAAGUUAAGAAUCUACUUUUAUUGUUACUAAAUUUUUCUAAUGAUAUUGAACCAUUAAUAUGGCGUUAUUGUCUUAUAUUUACAUUAUAUGGUCAUGUUGAUAAUUUAGCCAAUAUUUUCCAAUUCUUUGAAAUGUGCAUUGGUUCUAUACAUUCUGAUAAAAAUGUAAUAUUAAAAAAUAUAUUGUAUUUAGAUGAUAAAUAAAUAAUUAUUACACUAUAAAC